CGAUCACCUCAAGAUCCACAUGAAGACCCACGACAACCAGAAGCCCUUCCAAUGCACCGUGUGCAACCGCGGCUACAACACGGCCGCCGCGCUCACCUCGCACAUGCAGAACCACAAGAAGGCGGGCGACUCGGCGUCCAACGGCGGCGCGUCCAACGGCCGCUCCUCGUCCAGGGCCUCGUCCGAGAACACCCCGUCGCCGGGCACCUUCCGCUGCCUGCAGUGCGGCGACUGCUUCCGGAAGGCGGAGGACCUGCAGUCGCACAUGGCCGGCCAGCACCACGUCGACAUGGGGUCGCCGCCGUCGCGCUCCGCCAGCAGGGGGCUGCUCCUGGACUCGCCCCUGUCCCGGUCGCCCUUCCCGCUGCCCACGCUGUCCUGCAUGUACUGCACCAAGGACAGCUUCGGCAGCAUGGAGGCGCUGCAGCUGCACGUGCAGGCCAUGCACGGCGCACUCCUCAACGGCGAGCUGCGCGACCUGGCGGCGCACGCGGCCCGCUCCAGGCCCUCGGUGGAUGACCCGCUCCGCGGGUCCCCGACGACGCCGUCGCCUUCGGGGCCGACGACGCCCGGGAGCACGGGGAGCGGAGGUGGGGCCAUCCCUUGCGAGCUCUGCACCAUGAGGUUCAACUCCGUCUCCGGCCUGCACAAGCACCAGCGCUCCGUGCACGGCCUCGUCGGGCCCAAGUUCCUCGGCGACCCUUCUCCCAUCCUGUGCGUGCACUGCUCGCUGCCUUUCCCGUCGUCUGCGGCCUUCGCCGAGCACUACGUCCUGGUCCACGGCGGCGGCGCGAGUCCUGCGGCUCUGGCGGCCCUGGCCGCGCGGAGCCCCUCGCCGUCACCCGCGGGCCGCGACCGCGAACAGCAGGAGAAGCCGACCGACCUGAGCGUCAGCAGGAAGGCUUCCUCCCGGCGAGGUGCGGACGACAAGUCCCAUCUGGGGAUGCCGCCCUCAAAACGCUCCAAGUCUAACCAUGAUCACCCACCUCUUCUUCUGGACGGCCUCAUGGGCCGCGACUACGAGGCGGGGCCUCUGCUGUGCAACCAGUGCGGCGCCGCGCUGCCCGACUUCGAGGCGUUCCGCGUCCACCUCAAGGCCCACCUGGAGGAGUCCGGCGCUGGCCUGAGGUCGCUGCUGGGGGCAGACCUGCUGGGUCUGCUGCCCCCCGCGCCAGCCGGCGGCCCCCUGGGUCCCCUGGGAUCACUCGGGCCGCCCCCCGCGGCGGACGAGCCCCUGCCAGGGCGCAGCCACCGCCGCAGCCCCGCGAGCGCUUCCCCGGGUGCGGCCGGCCACGGCCUGAGCUGCCCGCACUGCGGCGUGCAGUUCCCGACGAGCACCUCCGAGGACCGCAUCGGCGUGGGUGCGCUGCUGGAGCGCCACGUGGCCGAGCACUUCCUGGCCACUGCCACAGAGUUCGGCUGCCCGACUUGCAGCAAGCUGUUCGCCAAGCCUGACGAGCUGCAGAAGCACCUGAUGGACAUCCACGCGCACCACCUCUACCGCUGCGCGCUCUGCCAAGAGCUGUUUGACUCGAAGGUGGCCAUCCAAGUGCACUUCGCCGUCAAGCACUCGUCCGCGUGCCCGCUGUUCCGGUGCACCGCCUGCCCCUCGUCGUCGGCCAGCUCCGUGUUCCGCUCGGACCGUGAGUUCGGCCUGCACGUUCGUACGGCGCACGCCACGCACCCGCUCCUGGCCGCCACGCACGCCAUGCUCCUCCAGUUCCAGCAGAAGCUGCAGCAGCGGGAGCAGAGGGACCUGCAGCGCGACCGCGAGCAGAGGGACCGCGAACAACGCGAGCGCGACCGCGAGCAGCGUGACCGCGAGCGGGAGCGUGACCGGGAUCGUGACCGGGACCGAGAGCGCGAGCGCGACCGCGAGGUGGGCAGGGAGGCUGAGACCCCCGGCCAGCAGCCGUUCCGCUGCCUCUUCUGCCGCGCAUCUUUCGGUUCCGAGCUGGAGCUGCAGUUCCACCUGCCCACCCACACGCGUCAGUACAGCUGCCCGCUGUGCCAGGAGACGUUCCAAGUCGAGUUCCUCCUGGACAAGCACAUGCAGACGCAGCACUCGGGCCAGAUCAACGGCCGCGACACGCCGCCCGGCGGCGAGGGCAAGGCCGCCAAGCCCAACGGCUGCACCAACGGCGACGCGCCCGACCCGCUGCUCAACAACAACCAAGCCGGUGCCUCGUGCGACAUCUGCGAGCGCGGCGACUUCGCCAGCGAGGCCGAGCUGGCCGCACACCGCAAGCUGGCGCACCACAAGAACGGCCAGGGCGCCACCACCAACAGCACCACGGCCAAGAACGGCGCCGUCAGCCUGCUGUGCGCCUACUGCAACGAGAGCUGCAAGUCGCGCACGGAGCUGGAGAACCACAUGAAGACGCACUCGCACCAGGGCACGGCGGGCCUGGGCGGCACGGGCAAGCACAAGUGCAACAUCUGCGACGAGCUGUGCCCCUCGGCCGCGGUGCUGGCCGAGCACAAGCUGACGCACUGCAAGGUGGUGCAGGGCUCGGCGUGCACUGUGUGCCGCGCGUCCGUCACCACCGAGGAGCAGUUCCGCUCGCACCUGCGCCAGCACGCGGUGCAGACCGGCGGCAACCCCCAGCCGCAAGUGGGCGGGGCCAGCGCACCUCUGUGCCUACCGGUGCAGUGCGUCAUCUGCAGGCAGACCCUGGUGUCCGACGUGGAGGUGCGGCUGCACGCGCGCUUCCACCUGCAGACGGGUGGCGCCGCCGGGCAGACCGCCGAGCAGCCCACUGGCUCGCCGGAUACCGCCGCCUCCGCGGCCACCUGCUGCAUCUGCCUGCAGAGCGGUGACGCCGCUUCCAUGGUGCCGACCAGCGCCGCCCCUCUAGCUGGCCAGUCUGUGUCGUAUGUGUGCGCCGACUGCUACCGGAGGCACUCCAAGUUGUCGUCGCGAUCACCGCCCACCACGCCCCAGGCCUCACGGACUUCAUCGCCGUCGCGCCAGAGCCAGGACGACGGCAAGCAGGAGUCGCGGGGGGCGACGUCCGUGACGCCUGAGAAGUCCGCGGCAAGCCAGGACGCCACGACGCCCCAGCGCUGCGGGGAGUGCGGAGUCAAAACCGAGUCCGCCGCGGCCCUGGAGGCACACAUGGCUGCCGCGCACAAGAACACGUACCAGUGCAUCAAGUGUCAGGCGAGCUUCGAGACGGAGAGAGACAUCCGCCUGCAUGUAUCGGCGCACCUGCUCGCCGAGGGCUCCGCGGCCAACGAGUGCAGGCUCUGCCGCCGCCAGCUGUCCACCCCGCUGCAGCUGCAGCUGCACCUCAUCGAGCACACCUUUGCGGGCUGCGCAUCGUUCACCUGCUACAUUUGCAGCGCCGUGUUCACCGCCGCUCGUGGUCUGCAGGCGCACAUGCUGGAGCACGGUCUCUCGGCCAGGCCGUACGACUGCUCGCACUGCGGGCUACGCUUCUUCUUCCGCGCCGAGCUGGACAACCACACGCUGGGGCACCACGCCCAGGCGCUGGCGCACGCCAGCAUGCAGGCCCGGCCCGGGGACGACGACGAGGCCGCGCAGGCCUCUUUCUACCAGCAUCUGUCCUCGCUCAGCAACAGCAACGGGCUGGACCUGCACUACUACACCGUGCCGCCUGGCGGAGAGGCCUCGGCUGCCAAGUCGCCGCGCAAGUCCCCGGGCCGCAGCAACGGCCGAGACCGGGACCGCGACGGGCGCGGCGCCGCGCCCGGCCCCAAGCAGAGGUGCCUCAUCUGCGGCAAGGACAUGCCCUCCGCGCGCGCGCUCGCGGCGCACCUGCGGUCGAGCCACGGUGUGCAGGACAACGGCCUCGGCCUGGCGCACGGGCUCGACAGCGACCUGCAGGUGUGCCUGCUGUGCAAGGAGGUGCUGCCCGACCGCGACGCGCUGCUCGUGCACCUCGCCGUGCAGCACCCGGGGCCGGGGCUGACGCCGGGCCUCGUGCCGCCCCUGCAGCUGGAGGCGCACAUGGCGCUGCUCAGCCAGGCGCACUCGUUGCAGCAGAUGCAGCAUGUGAAGCAGGAGCCGGCCCCCGCCGUCGUCAAGGAAGAGGCCCCCGACGAGGAGACGUCCGUCUCUUCCGUGCCGGCUGAGGAGCGCGCCACUUCGCCGGCAGCGGUGGCUCUGCCCUCGCCGACGGCCACGGUCGCGACCGACGAGGCGGCCGAGGACUCUGCCGCCAGCGCGCCAACCUCGGAUGGCGCCAAGGGCGAAGGCCCGGAAGAAGUUCAGGCAAUUGAUGGGAAGGUGGACGACGGAGAGAGAGCCAACGUGAACGAUGACAAACCCAAAGGCCGCCAAGGAGGGACUCCUGAGAAUGACGUGAGUGAUAACUGAGAAAAUGUCCCUCCACGAGCGUCACAGUACUCCUGUGCUUACGGUUCAAUUACAUGAAUUGUAAAUAAAAAGAAAGCUGUUUCAUCCCUCCAGCAAGAUUGUGUUGUGAGUCAUUGACUUUGUUGUAGGGUGAAUUUUAUAUUAUAUGCUGUGAAUUGAUUUCUUCCAAAGAGUAGAGUAUUUGUGUUAUUGGUGUAUUUUAGUAAAGUCUGUUUUCUCAAGCUGCUGAAAACCCGUCCGUACAUUUGGGACUUUGUUACAGAAAACCAUACUAAAUUAGGAAGAUUGGCAUAAUCAAACUUGAGAACUGAAAAUAAUAUGCAAUUGGUUGAGAAACUAGGGGCUUAUAAGCCUCGAACUACAACCAAGUUUUUUAUUUUGUUUUACUACGUAUCUCCUCAACAUUCAGAAGUUUUGUUACUAAAUAUGUUCUUAAUGGUUGUGCUGCAUCCGCAAUAAUUUAAAUUUCUACAUUCACUGUCAUAAAAUUUGGUCAUGUUUUGCAAGGCUCAAACAGUGUUAUGACUGAGUAUGGUUGAUUUUUUCAGUUUCAUUAUCUAGUAAUAUUUUUUUUAGAGCACAAUACAU